GCUCUUACAAGACUGGAAAAUGACGUAUUUAGAAGACGACUUACAGUUCAUCGAGGCCCUCAAAGGAAAACGCAUCAAACUGACUCUGAAAAGUUCUUCGUACCUCGGUGUCAUUCAGCGCAUCAAUCCGAACAAAACGCUGGUUUUAGCAGACGUUGCAAGUGGCAAUAAUGGCUGUAAACUACCUGGCUGCAGACUGUUCUUCGGGCAUGAGAUUUUGAAUGUGGAGUUUCCCAGUGAAACAAGCAGAGAACACAGAGUCGUUGAGGAGCCCAAACCUGAGGACUACCUGACGGUGAAAGAGUUUCAGCCCUACAGGAACACAUUCACUUUGGAUGUUGAUGAUGAUGAGGAGUUUAUUCACUUUGUAGUCAUUAAUGAGUUUCAUGACAAGUUUGGACAAGCUGUGAUGCACAUCAAGAAGGCACAUGUUAUUGGUGUUGGAGCCGAUGGACUCGAUAGCAUGCUCGGCACACUUUGUUGGCUGCAGAUUGCCACUAAAAAAAAAGUCUACGUGUUUGAUGUUCUGACACUUGGAGCACGAGCCUUUAAGAACGGCCUCAGUAUGAUCCUGGAAAAUAAGCACAUAUUAAAGGUCAUUCAUGACUGCAGAGCCAUUUCUGGGUGCCUGAUUGGUCAGUUUGGAGUAAAGCUAACCAAUGUCUUGACACACAGGUAUACAGUGGCAGAUGUCAUGUGCUUCUACUCGGAGACUGGAGGUUUCCUUCCAGACAGAGUCAGUACACUGCAGGAGGUGGUGAGCCUCCAUCUGAAGGUGCCCUCCUCACAGCUUUUGUCCCUUCAGAUGAAGUCACAGCUCACCUUGGAGGAGAGGGAGUUGUGGUACAAGCGUCCCUGUCCAGUACCUCUGCUGAAGGUCAUGGCUCUAUCAGUGAUCCACCUGCAGCCGCUCAGACUCGUGCUGCUGGAUACGCUCAUGACGGACUACAUGGCCCUGGUGGAUUCCUACCUCAACAACAGCUACUAUGAACCUGGUGACCUGGAGCAAAUCAUGAGCACUGCGCUGGAGUUACCAAAGGAACUCAGACAGCUCCAGGAAAUGCGUCGUGAGCGCCGUGAGUGGGCUGCUGCUCGUUACCCUAUCACAGAGAAAGGUCUGUUAGCUCGCUUUGAACCCCAGCCUCAGUCUCCACCACAGACCUCAGCUUCUCAUGAGGAGACUUCAUCAGAGCAGAUGGACCUUCUCCAACACCAGUCAGCUCCAGAGCCCUGUUUGGUCAGUGAAGAUCCCUCUUUAAAAUCUGAGGGUGGCCAUCUUACCCUUAAGCAAGCAAGUCAGGAUCCAUCUCCAACCACUGGGCCAUACCUCAGAGAAAUGAUGUCUGUCAGCAGCCCCCUGACUCUUGCUGCAGUUCGAGGACCAUCUGUGGUCACGGUGGGCAGAGGGAGGUUCUUUGAUGGAGACCAGCAGCCAUCUGCCUUCCCCUCUAUGGGAAGAGGCUUUAUUCUCCAGGCCUCACCAGCUCAACUGCAAGGUGAGAUCCCUGGACAUAAGAAAACAUCUAGCGGGAUGGAGGUGGCUCCUUCAUGCCGUACUGCAUCUUGCCAAGAAUCGAUGUUCCAGUUUUGCCCCCCUGCUAAUGCCGUUACCACAGACUCUCCUGGGACAGAAGGCGAUGGUGUAACACCUCCUCCGCAGCCCCGCUCACUCUCACUCAGCCAGUCCUUUGGCUCUUUUAGACAUUAAGGUUGAUGCUGCAAAUUAAUGGCAUGUUGGUCAUUAGUUUGACCACUAGAUGGCAGUAGCUGUUCUGUUUUUGUGCAAAGAUUUGCAACGUUAUCAGGUUAAAGAAG